AUGGGCCAUUGUCGACGCGACCAGCGGCGCGCUCCUGGGCCCCCUCCUGGUGCUGGAGAUCCAGUGGGGCGGCGCCUGAGCGUGGUGUCCUCGGGCCACCGAAGGCGCCAGGACGAGGAGGAGGGGGGGCCACUGCAGCCCGCCCCCUUCCCUCCUCUUCAUGUCACUGGCGUGGCAGCGCACUGCGACGCCACGCGAGCCCCAACAGAACCGACCCGUCGCGGCCAACGCGCCGCGAAGGUCCGAGGUGCGCGGAGCCGGCUGCCGGCACGCGCGCCUCACACCUCGGAGGCGGAUGGAGAAUCCCUUCAGGUUGAAUUGUCGGCCGCGUGGGGUGCAGGUUAUGUGCUCCGCUUCCUCAUCUCGUCGCUCUCCCAGCGUGCCCAGCAAGCACGCGGGUCUUUGUACAAAGAAAUCGUUCCAUGUUUUUUACGCAGCCCCGCGGGCACUGCGCUCUGA